CGGGGGAUGGCUCACGUACCGGGUGGUGAAGCUCCAUUUGUAGAUCUGGUAAUACUGGUGACACUGGCCAGUGGAUGCGGAGAAGCCAACGUAGUAGCUUUCCCUCUGGAGAAUCGCCGGGAGCCUCACUCUCGGCAAUUCCAGUGUGUCGUAGAGGCCCCAGUACUCGAUCCACGCGGUGAGCGUGAGAUUACUGGCCAGGAGCUCCUGCAUGUUGCUUCCAGUCGUUUGAGCCGAGAUGAGGCUGCCGAGAUCCACACCGACGUGCUGCCAGGGCGGGUCCUCGUACACCAUGUUCUGGUGCGUGUCAAACUCCACCGCAAACGUGUGGUUGAGGCUCCGGCCGGGGGUCAUGAGGCCGAGGACGCUUCCGGGUGGAGGAGCCCGAGGCUUGGGGACGACGACGAAGGCGAAUCCUUCUCCCUGCUGGCACGACGGCUGCGUGAUCUUGAACUGAAACGAGGUAUUGAAGGUGACGAGCUUGACAGGGGCGUCGGCAUGGCGGAAGCGGACCGGGAGCUUGUGGUAGACUCGUCCGACACUCCCUGGCUGCCCCGAGGGAGUGAGGGUGAAGGAGAUGUCGUCGCCUGCUUGGCACAGGGGGAGUGUGAGUGAGAUCCAAAACACGAGCACAGCAGUGGCAGCAAGCAUGGUUCUGGAAGAUGGAAGAUCGAUCUAAACAGGUUGGGUGGUCGCACGAGCUUAUGUUGGAAGUUCCGAUGGACGGACGGCGGACUCCCACAAGGCCGCAUUAUUGGGAGACAGGACAAAGACCAACAGUUUUGUCACUGGGACCGAGGAGAACAAAAGAAACACUUUUCUUCGUUACCUCUUACAAACAAAGUCUAUCGGGCUGGAGGAGGAAGAACUCUCAAGUUUUCCGUAUCGUCUCACAGACUUCAUUGAUAAAGGCGCCAUGCUUCCAAUUUGAGGAAACUUGCGGAGUGUUACAGUGAAGAAAAUGGCAGGACGGGGGAAGAGAACUGCUAGACGAGGGUCUUAGGAGGAAGCUCUGAGAAAUCUGGCCACGGCCCUUUGGCCCUCCACGACGGCUUGCUGGGACAGCUGCCCGGGCAAGGCGAGCUUGCAGGCGGUCUGGAUGUCCUUGGAGGAGAGCGUGGCCGCCUUGUUGCGCCGGACCAGCUCCGCCGCCUCUCUCGCCAGCCUCUCAAACAUGUCGUUCAUGAACGUGUUCAUGAUAUCCAUGGCCGUGGUCGAUAUCUUGAGAUCCUGGUGCGUCGUCGACCGCAAAACCUUGAGGAUGUAGCGCUUGUACGUGUUGCUCGCCGCCGCCUUCUUUCGCUUGCCGGAUCCAGGAGCUUCUGCCGGAGUCGCUGGAGCUUCAGUUUGGGGCUGCGCCGCUGGAGGAGCUUCGGAUUUCGUCGAGGGAGUCUUCUUGGCGGGAGCUUUCACCGGAGGCUUCUUCAUCGUCUUCGCCGGCACCUUCACUGGCUCCGCCACACGGGCGCUCUUCGCCACCUUUGCCAUGCUGCAAAGGCAAACACAGCCCAAGCAGUAUAUAUAUAUCCCUCCAUUAUAAAAAGUCACUCUCAAGCU